GUCCGUGCUGCUGCAGUCGGGGACAAAGUUCAGCGCUGGCAACACGUAUUUAGACAAUGACGUGCACGUCACUUGCUAUCCUAAAAUCAAAAUAACAAAUUUUCCCCAAAAAUAAAUCAAUAAAAUGUGUGCAUGUCGGGGCUUUAUGAAUUAAAUUGAUUAAAUCAACACCGGGAUCCGGCAGGUGUCAAUACUGUUGACGGAAAAUGCAAAGAAGAAGACGAAAGAUUGCGGUGACGAAGAAGAAUCACAAACAGUGGGCGUCCCUCAACGUGGACGCUUAACUCCGCCCAUUAAACGUUUAACUCCGCCCACGUUGAGGCACGCCCCGGUCUGCAGGCUGCAGCCAGGGGCUUCUCGAGCCGUCGGAGCAUGCACCUUACUUUGUGGGCGCUGGGAAUCAUGUAUGCGGAGUGCGAAUACUUUAGAGAUGCUGUCAAAAAAAGUCUCGUCGCUGGGUUUUUGAUUCUCCUUUGUGGCCUUAACGUCGACGGUCAAGAAGGUAAUGGCUGUGGAUACACUCUCCUGGGUGCAGAGUCUGGCACUUUAUCAUCCCAGAACUACCCUGGCACCUACCCAAGUAACAUCUGGUGCAAGUGGAGGCUCCGGGUGCCAGAGGGGCGGACGCUGCGACUGCUGUUUGGAGACUUCGACGUUGAGAGUAGUCCUUCCUGCAGCAACGGCUCACUCGUCAUCUCAGACAAAAAGGGGGAAAUCAAAUUAGGUCCGCUGUGCGGGAGGCUCAGUGCCGCACAGAGAAACAUGACUGUUGAAAGCAACGAGGUGACCGUAGAGUUCAGGUCCGGCCCACACCGCUCAGGACGCGGCUUCCUGAUCUCAUAUGCGACGGACCUUUACCCAGACCUUAUCUCAUGUUUACAACGAGGAUCUCAUUUUAGCACUCAGCACUUGAGCCUCUACUGCCCCGCUGGAUGCAGGAGUGUCGCGGGGGACGUGUGGGGGACCUCUGAGCUGGGUUACAGAGAUACUUCCGUCCUGUGCAAGUCCGCCGUGCACGCCGGAGCCACGUCUGACGGCGCGGGGGGCCGCAUCGCUGUCACUCGAGACAGAAGCCUCACUCUAUAUGAAUCUGCUUUCUCCAAUGGGAUCCUUUCUAAGAUGGGCUCGCUGUCUGAGAAGAAGCUGCUUUUUAUCCAAGACUGUAACAGCAUCCUGCCUGUCUCUGGGCUCAAUGCCUCAUCUUUCUGGGACAAAGACAAUCAAAAGGACAGAACGUUCCCAUCCUCCAAAAACGUGGACUUCCUGCUCUGGACGGCAGACAGCAGCGACCCCAACCCCUGGCUGGAAAUAGAGCUCCUCGACAGAAGCAAUGUCACAGGAAUAAUAACUACAGGCUCACCAGAGUCCUACAUCGAGUCAUUCAGCCUCUAUUUUAGCAAGGAUAGAAGGAACUGGAAGCCUUACAGGGGGGGUCUGAGCAGAGACAAGAAGGUGUUUUCGGCCUACAAGGAGGGCCACCUCCGGGUGCUGAACAGCCUGUUUCCUGCCGUGGUAGCUCGAUUUGUUCGGCUACAGCCGAUACGCUGGCAGGAGCGAGCAUCAGCAACGGUCCAGGUUUUGGGCUGUCCUACAGCAAAGACAGCUCCCAGGAGACGGACAUCUGAGGCAGAAUCUCCACCUGUCAAGGUGAACAUGGAAACCAAGCAGCCUCACUCGUCUCCCAGUCCCUCAGAAGUCCCCGUGUUAAUGGAAACAACACAAAACUCCAGUCAGCCCCUCAUGGUGGUGGUGGGAGUGGUCCUGGGACUCAUCGUGUGUGGAAGCUUCAUGGUGGCUGGAAUUUGGUUCAAAAGAAGGAAAAAAGACGCUCAGAUGAAGUUCACCAUACCCUCAGGCUGUCACAGCAUUAAGAGUCUCUCCUGUCCGGCGUCAGAGCUUGUCUACCCACUUCAGCGAAAUGUUCAUGAUGCUCUUCCUACCCCUCCUCUAAACGACUACGCUGCACCUGCUCUUGCAGCUGCUGGACAUAAACUUGGUUCAACGUUUCGGCCGUCCUCCGGUGAAGAAUACACCGCCCCUUUCACCAGCGUGCAUUACGACACCCCUGGCGGCCUUCCAGAGUACGCCGAGCCGCUUCCCCCAGAGCCGGAAUACGCCACUCCCUUCAGCGAGCUGUCCUCCGAGCCCAGACACGGACCCCCCAUCCCGUCUACAGGUGUGAGGGCAGCCCCCAACCACAGCCAGUACGACUGUCCCUCACACCGCCAGCUGUUCAAUGGUUACUGCACUCCUGCUGCAAAUGCCUGUGGUCCUCGACCCGCCAGCGUGGUGUAUGCAGAACCAAAAGCAAGUGACGUUUUACUCCAGAGACACACAUAUGAGGAGCCUUUGUGAGCUCAGACACAUAAAAAAGACCUUCAGUGUGUGUGUUUGGACCACGGUGUGGUCCACUCUGCACUGCUGACUCGACAGUGUCUGAUGUGUUCACACACUGCUGGAUGGUAUCACUCAGAACACUGGAGAAUCUGGAGCCCCGAGGACUCAAGCGUUUCCCUCCAGGUUACUGUACUUCUGUUUACAACGAUAAACAAGAAGAUGAACAGUUACGGACGUAGACAUUUCUACCACUGAUGAAAUGUUUAAUCACAACUUGCACUUUUGAAAAAACAUAGAUGUAUAAAUGUAUUUGUUUAUUUAACAAUAUAACACAUCCACUAUGUUUGACUAUUUUUAAAGUGGUACACUGUAACAGAGGAGUGCUAUGAUAACAUUUGACCACUAGAUGGCUCUGUUGAGAUUUAUUUUUCUAACUAAGAUCUGUCUUGUAACAAACUGAAACUAAAAAAAUCUAUUACAAUAGCUGAGACUGUAACACAGAACAAGAGAGAAAUGUGAGAAAAGAGCUUUCCUUUUUCACAGAUGAUCACAAACCUGUCAGCGAAAGACUCUUUUAUAUGUUUUCAUAAUAAAAUGAUACGCUGUUUCACAGUCUGCUGGACUACGCAGCUAAAGGAGACCUGGGAGAAAACCAGGAGAAGGCGGCACAAUAAAACCGCCUUUGAUAAAGUUCUGUGUUUGGUUUGUGUGGGACUGAAGCAAACCGUCAAAACAUUUCUUAUUGUGGCAUUUAAGACCCAAUGAAAAUUGUGUUUUUAACAGGUUCUUGUGACAUUUUCCUGAUGAUGGAGAACAUAUACAAUGAAAAUUUUGCUUAAAAUUGGAAUUAUUUAUUUAAAUCAUAGUGACUCAGGAGCAGAUGAAAAAUUGAAGUUUGAAAAAGAUUGUAUUUGUGCCUCAGAAAAUACUCACUUGCAGACAAAUUAAUUCAUGUCUGAGCUGGAAUCUGGCUCAAAAAUUGCACAACUGGAAAGCUCCAAAAGAUUUUUUGUUGCACCGCUAAUUUUAGAUGGGGGUUGUUGGUCCCACCCACAACCCAGAAGGGAAUUUUUAAUGAACUACUGCCACUCUGCAGAAAUUAAAACUUGAUUUUAGCUUAAAACGGCAUAAUCAUAAUUAAAAGACCACCUGGAAACACUUUUAAAAUCAAUCAAAAGACGAUUGGAGUGAGUACUUAAUGCGUUUGUGUUAUGACAAAUACCAGCAGGUGCUUUCAAUACAAGGACUCAAAAAAAAAAAAAUCUCAAAUGACUGAUAAGAUGCUACAAA